AGAUCGCCAAGAGGUCCAAGAUCAAGUCCUUCGUGAAGGUUUACAACUACAACCACCUGAUGCCCACCCGGUAUUCUGUUGACAUUCCUCUGGAUAAAACCGUGGUCAAUAAGGAUGUGUUCAGGGACCCCGCGCUGAAACGCAAAGCGAGACGUGAAGCCAAGGUGAAAUUUGAGGAGAGGUACAAGACAGGCAAGAAUAAGUGGUUCUUCCAGAAGCUGCGAUUCUAAAGGUGUAACAAGGUUGCAUCAAUAAAUGUUUAUUAAAA